AUGCAAGCUAUACCGGAUGCACGCCAGCAAACUUUUGAGGAGAUAUAUGGCCCUCCUGAAAACUUCCUUGAAAUUGAGGUGAGAAAUCCUCAAACGCACGGCACAUCACGCAAUAUGUAUACCUCCUAUGAAAUUGUCUGCCGCACCAACAUCCCCGCGUUCAAGCUCAAACACUCUGUCGUGCGCCGCCGCUAUUCAGAUUUCGAAUAUUUUCGAGACAUACUGGAGCGUGAGAGCGCGCGCGUAACGAUUCCCCCCCUACCAGGGAAAGUAUUCACCAAUCGAUUCAGUGAUGACGUGAUUGAACAUCGGCGGGAAGGUCUACAGCGGUUCUUGCAAAUAGUAGUAGGCCAUCCCUUGCUACAAACAGGGAGCAAGGUGCUUGCUAGUUUUGUUCAAGAUCCAAACUGGGACAGGAAUGCAUGGUAG